AUGCAUCUGAGCAUCCAGGAGGGAAUAAUGCAGCUCUUUGUGGAGACCCUAUCGGGCUCCCCGCUCACGCUCAGCGUGGCGGCGGACGCCUCGGUGGCGUCAGUCAAGCAGGCCGUCGAGGACGUGGAGUACAUCCAGAACUUCCGUCUGGUCUGCGCCGGCAAGCAGCUGACGAGCGGUUCGCUCGCUGACUACGCCGUCGGCGAGUGCGACACGCUCAAGAUGCUGCUGUCUGUGAACGGUGGUAUGCGUGCCAAGUGGCGCAAGAAACGUAUGCGUCGUCUUCGCCGCAAGCGCCGAAAAAUGCGCCAGCGCGCCAGAUAAGCGUCGCGCAGCAGACUGUCGAUGACUCGUCGUGUUGCUGAAGGGAAUUUUAGUCAAGUAACAGAGUGAUGGACAAGCUGAAGCAAAAUGCUUUUUCAGGGUGGUUCGUGCACCAGAUCAACAGCAGCAACUGCAAAAUUUCUUCUGAGUUUGUCUCACUAGCACAGGACAACCAGACCGGGUUAAACUGAAAUGGUAAAAAUGGGCAUCCAGUGGGAUGGAUGAAGUGGAAAUUGUUGCUGUAAUUGUU